GUUGCCGUGUCUGUAAAAUAAACGGACAAUUUGACAUAUUCUGUACCCCACAAAAAGCUCUUUUUGUUCCACUGUUUCAGUAUUAUAGCAUUACAUUUUCACAAAAUGAUGCCUUUUAUGAAUUACAUUCGAAGUUAAACCCAGGCAACGCAGAUCUGGCAACGCAAGCUGCCAUUUUCCGGCGCGGGAAAAUCGGAAGACCACGGAAGUGCUUUGCUGACGUGCUACAACUUCAAUAGAAGAGGUGAAAUUGUUUUGUUUUGCACACGACAAAUAAAAAUGUAGCUUUCGCUGACAAUGUAGACAAAAGCAAGCACCUCUGACAAAUGUUAUGACUUUACUAUAAGAAGCCACAAUAACUUAUGUUAUUAUGGAUCGUUACAACGAGGUGAAACUUUUGCUGAAAACAUGGGAGCAGGGAUUUGUCAAGCAGCACCAGAGGAAACCCAGCAAGGAGGACAUUGACGAAGCCUCGGAGGAGACCAAGAAUCUAUAUAAAGAGUACCGCAGUUUGAAACAAGCCAAAGAGAACAGCAGCAGCGGCAGUGAUGCAACAAGUAAACACACAGAAUCAGCCAGCACGGAGUUUGACUGCUGGGGUUCCCAUCUAAAUCGCUGUGCACUGCCAGCAUCUUCGCCCCGACCGAAAACCCUGGACAGAGACAGUCUGAAGGCCUCUGCACAAUACUAUGGGCUCAAACUCAAAAACAACCUGGCAACAGUGCCCCACAAGGAGAGACCCGUCUCUUUAAAAAAAUCAGGUCGUUUGCCUCAAAACUCCUUGAGGGAUGGUGCAUGUAAGACCAAAUCCAACACCACAUCCCCUAACUUAGAAUCCAGUUCCUUUUCACCACAAAAGGUGAAGCCUGGCCUGGGAGCACUGGUUUCCAGUAAAGAUGAGCCCUUUGAAGCAUUCAAACCUGUCGUUGAACCUGCAAAAGAGCCGCUUCGUUCUGUCGAAGGAAACGAGACCAGCAGGAUGUGUGCUAGGAAAGAUGAAGAAGCUUCAUCUGCACUGAUGUUAUCCACCUCCACUGCAGGCAGUCCAGCAAACACAGGGGAAGACUCAGAAUAUCUCAAAGGGGCUUCACAUGAACGCCUCGGAGGUGCAGGUUUCGGCACUUUGCCCUCGUCAAGUGGCAGCCAGCGCCCUCUCGGAGGAUUCCGAGCAGGAGUGACUGCUGGUCCAAGGCCUUUGCCUGCUAGCAGGCUGAACUUUGUAGACAAGAAGUGGCUGGAGAGGUGUCAGGUGUUUGGAGAGAUGGGAGCUGAGGAGAGACCCGGAGCUGGAAACCAGGAGAGAGAUCUGCUGGUGGGAAAGAAGGGUGGGAAAGAAGAUGUAGUUGGAAAAGAUUUAAUUGUAGAAGAAACGACAGUGGAGAGAGAUGGAUUUACUCCUUAUGAGAGUAAAACUGCUCAGCACUGCACUAGAAAACAGGAAAACAACACUGAGGGACACCUGACAUCACCUUUACCACCAGAUGAUCCUGCGCCAUCCAGGGGUGCUAAGAAGAGCGAGAGCAGGAAGAGGCAGAGGGAGGGAGAGAUGAUGCAAGGAGAAGAAGGAGGGGCCAACAAGAGAAGGAGAAAUGCUAAAAAGAAUGAGGAGACUUCGGAUGGGAAUGUUGAGGAAUGGAAUGGGAAGAAAAUAACCAAGAGGAGCAAGAAAAAGGGGAAAGAUGACAAUGAUGAAGCAGAGGAAGACACUAAGAUGCCAAAGAAGGUGCCUCAGGAGAAUCUGUUAGGAGAAAUAGAGGAAGAAUAUGUCGCUAAGAGAUCAUAUCACGCACAGUCUGUCAGAGCCAGAGGCAUGAAAGCUGAAGAAGGCAAUUUUGUUAAGAUAAACCUGAAGAAGAAAUCUCAUGUCAAAGGAUACGCACUAAGAGGACUUGGCCUACGCAAACAAUUGUACAUGCAGAAGUUCCAGCUGAAAGGUGAACAUUUUGGCGGAGGCGGUGGACAUUUUGGCAGAGGCAGGAGGGGCGGCUUCAGGGGAGGCCACAGUCGCCUGAGUGACACCUGCUACAAGUGCGGGGGCACUGGACACUGGGCCAUUGACUGCAAGGGAGCAGCUCCGCCCCCUCCUGUUCUUGAGGACACACCUGUUGAGGAGGAGCCCUUUGAGCUCCCCACCUUGGAGGAGGUUGCCAGGGCAACAGGAACGCUGCAACCCCUGCCACUGGGAGCAUGUGGUGGUGUCAAAGAGGAGCAGCAGGAACAGGAGGACACAGACAAAGACGAAGCUCUCUUGAACGUUAUUCGACCUGACUACGAGCGCCCGCCACCUCCACCGCCCAUGGAGCCGCUUUACGGCCUCACAGACAAUGGCAAAGUUCAAACAACACCAGACGAGGUCUUCGCUGCUCUUCAAGAACUCGGCUACAACUCGUUCAGGGCUGGCCAGCAGGAAGCCAUCAUGAGGAUCCUGUCAGGUCUCUCCACGCUCGUAGUGUUGUCAACGGGGAUGGGCAAGUCGUUGUGCUAUCAGCUCCCAGCUUACCUGUACGCCAAGCGAUCCAAAUGCAUCACUUUGGUCAUCUCGCCCCUUGUCUCACUGAUGGACGACCAGCUCUCCGGCUUGCCCGCCAAGCUGAAAGCCGCCUGCAUCCACUCCAACAUGACGAUGAAACAGAGAGAAGCUGCUGUAGAAAAGGUGAAGACAGGUCAGGUGUGUGUGCUACUGCUCUCCCCCGAGGCUCUGGUAGGAGGGGGUAGCUCUGGCUCAGGGUGUCUGCCCACGGCGCAGGAGCUCCCCCCUGUGGCCUUUGCGUGCAUCGACGAGGCACAUUGCGUGUCCGAGUGGUCACACAACUUCAGGCCCUGCUACUUAAGGCUGUGUAAGGUGCUGAGGGAGCGUUUGGGUGUGCAGUGCCUGCUGGGACUUACCGCCACGGCCACGCUGUCCACCGCGCUGGACAUAGCUCAGCACCUGGACAUCAACGACCAGGACGGCAUCGCGGUGCGCUCCGCCGCCGUGCCCACCAACCUGCACCUGUCUGUGUCCAUGGACAGAGAAAAGGAUCACGCUCUCGUGUCCUUGCUGAAAGGCGAUCGUUUUGGUUGUCUGGACUCCAUCAUCGUCUACUGCACCAGAAGAGAGGAGACGGCUCGCGUGGCGGCGUUGCUCAGGACCUGCCUGCAGGGGGUGCUACUGAAAGAAAACAAACACAUCAGCAGCCAAGCACAAAGCAACCCAGUUGGGCAGAAGAAGAAAGAACUUGCAAGGAAAAAGAUCCGAAAGCCUCUAAAGUGGCAAGCCGAGUCGUACCACGCUGGCCUCUCUGCGUCAGAGCGCCGCCGGGUUCAGAACAACUUCAUGUGCGGCGAGCUCAGAAUCGUGGUGGCCACUGUGGCCUUUGGCAUGGGCCUGGACAAGUCUGACGUGCGUGGCAUCAUUCACUACAACAUGCCCAAGAGCUUUGAGAGCUACGUUCAAGAAAUAGGGAGAGCCGGGAGAGAUGGCGAGCCGGCGCAUUGUCACCUCUUCCUUGACCCUGAGGGUAUGGACCUCCACGAGCUUCGUCGUCAUAUCUACUCAGACACUGUGGACUACUACACGGUGAAAAGGCUGGUCCAGAAGGUGUUCUCUGCGUGCAAAUGCAAACAAAUACACCAGAAACGGCAGGAACUAACCAAGGAGGAUGUCGAUGACGCAGAGUUGCUGGAGAUGAUGGAGAUUUGUGAGCAGCAAAGCAGCCAGCAGGAGAUGGUACGGUGCACAGACAGCAGCCAUCCAGAGAGGAAGACAGACGAAGCUUCAGAGAAAAAAGCUGUGGAGGAGGUGGAUGAGCAGGAAGUGCAACGCAAAGAGUGGCCCACAGAACGAGUGUGUCACACUCAUGAGAGAGCAAUUCCUAUCCAGCAGACUGUGGAGGCUCUCGACAUCACAGAGGAGGGUAUGGAGACGCUUCUGUGCUACCUGGAGCUACAUCCUCAGCGCUUUGUGGAGCUUCUCCACUCCACACUGUCAGUGUGUAAAGUCAGCUGCUAUGAUGGACCCAGACAGCUCCGGAAACUCACCAAAAUCUGUCCGCCUGUUGCCGUGGUGCUGGCCAGAAGACGCAUGGCCGGCGAGCGAGUGGAGACGUGCGACCACCUGGAGUUUGACGUGGUGGAGGUGGCCGACACGAUGGGAUGGCAGCUGCCUCUCGUCAAGAGGGGGCUCAGGCAGCUUCAGUGGAGCUCAGUCGGCGGACGGAGCGGCGUCCAUGUGGAAUUCUCCUCCCCGUCUUUCUACUUCCGUUCCUACGGCGACCUGAGCGACGAAGAGCUGGACCGAGUGUGUCAAUUCCUGCACAAGCGCGUGCAAGAUCAGGAGACGUCACAGCUCUACCAGCUGAAUGCCUGCUUCAAGGCCUUCAAAAGUGUCGCCUUCCAAAACGUGCUGUCAUGCGUGGACAAUUUAGACGAGGCUCGCAGUCUUCAGCUGAAAGACCUCCUCUCUGACUACUUUGACAAAAGGCGAGACCGAGACCUCACCAAGCAGCCACUGGACGUACAGGAGGGUCUGGACCAGUACAAGCUCUUAGAUUGGGAAAAUCAGAUCAGGGCGGACAUAAGGAGCUUCCUCUCGACUAGAAGUGAUGAGAAGUUCUCAGGAAGAGCCGUCGCCAGAAUCCUUCAUGGCAUAGGAAGUCCAUGUUAUCCGGCUCAAACGUACGGCAGAGACAGACGCUACUGGAGGAAGUACAUCCAGUUCGACUUCAACCAGCUCAUCAGGAUGGCCACUCAGGAGAUCAUCCAGUUUAAGUGAACCACACUGUAACUGUAUUUAAUCAAAUGCAAUUAUCUUUUAUACAUAUGUCUGUCAGAAUAAAAACUGUAUUUUUCUAUCA